ACCGAACUAUAGUUUAAAGCAUUAUUUACUUCGCUUGUUUUGUUUAUUGUUUUUAAAUCGAAAGUAUAAAUUGUAAACAUGGGACGAGCCGAAGUUGGUACGCCCAAGUACCUUGCCAACAAGAUGAAGGCAAAGGGCUUGCAGAAGUUGCGCUGGUACUGUCAGAUGUGCGAGAAACAAUGCCGUGACGAAAAUGGCUUUAAGUGUCACACAAUGAGUGAGUCCCAUCAGCGGCAGCUCCUCCUGUUUGCGGACUCACCUGGCAAGUUUCUGCACAACUUUUCCAAGGAGUUUUCCGAUGGCUAUAUGGAGCUGCUGCGUCGACGCUUUGGCACCAAACGCACGAACGCCAACAAAAUAUAUCAGGAGUACAUUGCACACAAGGAGCACAUUCACAUGAACGCCACCCGCUGGUUAACGCUAUCCGAUUAUGUUAAGUGGCUGGGCCGCACUGGUCAAGUGGUGGCCGAUGAAACGGAAAAGGGAUGGUUUGUUACAUACAUUGACCGUAGCCCGGAGGCCAUGGAGCGCCAGGCGAAGGCCGAACGCAAAGAGAAAAUGGAAAAGGAUGAUGAGGAACGCAUGACGGAAUUUAUUGAGAAGCAAAUUAAAAAAGCAAAGUCAAAGGACGGCGAAGAGGAUGAAUCACAGGAGAAGUAUACGGAACUGAAGCGUGAAGAAGAGCAGCCCCUAAAGCUGGACAUACGAUUGGAGAAAAAAUUCCAGCCCGAAUCGAUAUUGGGCAAAUCAGCGCUACAUACGAAACGCACAGCUGCCGAAUCAGAUGAGAAAGUCUUUAAGAAACCCAAGCCAGUGCCAACAGAGAGCAGCAGAUCCGCGUUGGAUGAGAUAAUCAAACUCGAGGAAAGGAGUAAAGAGCGGGCCAAUCGCAAGGAUUACUGGCUUCAUCCAAAUAUUGUAGUCAAAUUUAUUUCAAGCUCCAUGGGCGACAAGUUCUACAAACAGAAAGCUGUGGUGCAAGAAGUCAUCGAAAGAUAUCGGGCAAAAAUCAAGUUCUUGGAGAGUGGAGAAAAGUGUAAAGUUGAUCAGGCGCAUCUGGAGACUGUAAUACCCGCCCUGGACAAGGAAGUGCUCGUGGUGAACGGCGCCUAUCGCGGCUCAGAAGCGUUGCUAAAGAAGCUAGACGAGCGCAAAUACUGUGUCAGCAUUGAGAUACUACACGGUCCAUUAAAGGGACGCAUUGUGGAAAACGUACAGUACGAAGAUAUUUGUAAAUUAUAUGGAACGUAGCUCGCACACAGCUAUUUAAGCUAAUUUUUUAAAAUAAGAACAGAUUUUAAGGGAAUAUUUUUUAUUAUAUGGUUCUAUAAACAUAAAUGAU